AUAGUGCAAAUAUUGAUCGCUAGAGGAAGAUUUUUAGUCUAAGUCUAAAAAAAUAUUCACAAAAAAACAUUGUUUAUUUUUGGUCAUUAUAAACAGAAUUUUAGCAAAGAAAAUAAUAUUCUAAUUACUUUAGUUCAAUUAUCAGGUGAAAAUAUGACGUUAAAUCCAUGGUUAUCGGGAACUUUUGAUGCACUCUGGGGUGGAUUGAAUUCAACGCAAGACAAUGAGCGAUGUAUAAAAUUUGAAUUAAAUGCCGCCGAUUGUUUAGAGGCUUAUGGCAAGCAUCAUGCUAAUAAGAAAUGUAUAGAUUAUAUGGACGAUUUACGUGAAUGCAUCUUUCGAAAUAAGCAAAAUAUGCGAGUAGUAUUAAUGCGAAACGAACGAGCGAGACAAUUAAAAGCUGGUGAAAGAGAAAUAUUUCAUGCUCCUGGACCAGUAGAAGAUGCUUACUAAAUAAUAGUUUAAAAAAAGAAAAUAAAAUCUCUUUUUUUCUCUCUAUAAUAGAAUGAAAAAAAAGUAAAUUAGUUUAACUUCUAUAGAAAAUGGUAUAAUUAUAAUUUGUAAAUUUAAUAUUUUAUUUGAAAAUAAAAUCCAAUUUCAAUAAUUGUAAAAUUAUUCGAAAAUAUCAAUAA